AAUUUGACUCCAACACGCUCUUUGACCCACCAAAACGGCAAAGCUCCACCCCCACAACCUCCUUCCUAUGUAAUCUCAUUUUUAAUUUUCAAAAAAUCGUUAUACUCUCUCUACUUUCCCUCCCUCCAGCAGUCCCUUGAGCUCCUUCCUUCAACAUACUUGCCUUCUUUCUUCUUCUGGGUUUUGCCCGUUCUUGGCAAUUAUAUUCGCUUCUUGGAAAUGACCGUACGUUGCAUGAUGGGAUUCUUCUGGUUCUUGAAGAAAAAGUCAUCACCACCAUGAUUUUAAGUGAUUAUGAUUUCUAUGGCUCCAUUGUCUCCCAUGGAAAGCAUUUCUUUUACUAAAGAUAUGAGCAACUGGAUUGACACUGAAGAUUCUUUUUCCUCGUUGCUUGAGUUUGCGGCGGAUAACAAUGUUGAGGGUUUCAAGCGAUCAGUGUUUGAUGAAUCCGAGGUUAAGGAGGUUGGCCUAUGGUACAGUCGCCUGGGGGCAUCGAGGAAGAUGGUUCUCGAGCAGAGAACCCCUUUGAUGAUCGCUGCUAAAUAUGGCAGUGCUGAUGUUUUGAAGCUACUACUUUCUCUACCUGAGGUAGAUGUAAAUUUCUGUUGUGGCCCUGAUAAGAGCACUGCUCUUCAUUGUGCUGCUUCGGGUGGAUCUUUCAAUGCCACCAAUGUUGUCAAGUUGCUAUUACUUGCAGGUGCUGAUUCUAAUGCCACUGAUGCCAAUGGAUGUAGCCCAAUUGAUGUUGUUGUUGCUCCCUCAAAAUUUCCUGACCUGAAAAGUGCACUUGAAGAGCUGUUGAACAAUGGUUCUGUCUGUCAAUGGGAUACGAUGCCAGUUUCAAGUCCUAGUUUGAGACCCAGUUCACCUUCUCUGUCAUCAUCAACUGAUGAAGGUUCCUUGUCCUCCCCCGCGGGUUCUAUUUUAUCGCCAGUUACCUGUAAGCCUAAUGAUGUACACGUUUCUUCUGGUAAAAAAGAAUACCCCGUUGAUCCAACUAUUCCUGAUAUUAAGAACUGUGUUUAUGCUAGCGAUGAGUUUAGGAUGUUCUCCUUUAAGAUCCGACCUUGCUGCCGGGCCUACGCCCAUGACUGGACUGAGUGUCCUUUUGUUCAUCCCGGUGAGAAUGCAAGGAGAAGAGACCCGAGGAAGUUCCAUUACAGUUGUAUGCCAUGUCCAGAUCACAAGAAGGGGACGUGUAGGCGAGGGGAUUUGUGUGAAUACGCUCAUGGGAUUUUCGAGUGCUGGUUACACCCUAGCCAAUACAAGACUCGACUUUGCAAGGAAGGAAGAAGUUGCAUGCGUCGAGUGUGUUUCUUUGCUCACACACCUGAUGAACAGAGACCCCUGAAUAUGUCUACUGGAGCUGCAGUCUCAUCCUCUAAAGUAGAUGCUAUGGAUUUCACUGCAGCCUCGAACCUGUCGCCUAGCUCAUUUUCUCCCACAUCACCUUCUACCUUCGCUGCACUGAAGUAUCUUUCCAGCAACAAUUCACACUCAUCGGUGCCUUGGCCUCGGCAAAUUAUCCCAAAUUUUCAUAGCAGUCUUCAAGCAAGCUGUCUGAGAAGUUCUCUCAAUGCAAGAGACAUUUCAUCCGAGGAUCUUACUGGCUUAUGGGAUUUUGGAUUCCAGCAACGUCCGCCCCUAAACGAGCCAUCCCCUCUCUCUCAGCCACUUUACAAUGGUUCCUCUACCAAUCUUUUUUCUUCUUCAAACACACUGAAUCACUCAAAUCUAGACAAGAUUUUCUCUGAAAAUGUCUCAUCUCCUCAUCACACUGACCAAUUGGGUGGUGGUGCUGCAUUUGUUUUCUCUCCCACAUAUUCUUCAGCAGCUCUUAAUCAACUGCAGCAGCAGCAAAGCAUAAUAUAUCCAAUGCAGGGGGUCUCUCCUUACAUCAAUGAUCAUGUCUCCUCUUUAGGCUUUCAGCUGUCUGCUCAUGUUCAGCGAGAGAAGAUGCUACAACAAUUACAAAGCAGUCUACUCUCACAGAAACUUGGUUCUAAAGCAUCAUAUGACCUUGGAUCCAAUGGUACAAAUUCACGGUCAAUGUGGGAAUCUGACGACAGGAAUGUAGAUAGGUUUGUUCAAGCAGAUGAAAUGGGUCGGAUACACACAUCAUGUUCAAUCAAGCACGACGGAGAGGAGCCUGAUGUGUCAUGGGUUCAUCAAGUGUUGAAGGACUAGCCAUCUGAGAUGAAUGAGACAACUGAUAUUCCAGUCUCAGGUACCCUCGAUGGCUCUACUUCAAAUCCUCACAUUGAAUCCAGUGAUCACGCGGCUUUGCGAGUCUGGCUGCAGCUUGAUCAUAAUGUUAUACAUAUAUAGUUAUAGCUGGAUUUUAGAUUUAUUACAUAAGAGUUAAGUAAGGUAGCCGUAACGGUACGAGCUUAAAGGUGGACAAAGUUCAGAGAAGAAAUUCUCCAUCCAUUCAUUAAUUUUGUUUCUGAAAUUAUUACACAGGAAUUCGUGAGGGUUAAAUUCUUGCGGGGGUAUUUUCUGCAAAGGUCCAGCUCCACUUAGAUUCGUCUGAAAACUUUCAUUUUUUCAGGUCCAUAUUCCCCACUGAAUUAUUUUGUUUAGAGUACAUAGGUUAUGUGUUUCUUUUCUUCUUCGUCUUUUUUUUUUUUUUUUGCAGGGAUGAAGCAAUGACCUUGUGUUGCUCUCUCAUUUUACACAAUUUAUCUGUCCUUGUUACUGUCAACUGUGAGGAUGUAAUAAAUUGUAAUUAUAUUAGUUAAUCAAUAACAAUUCUUCAAACUUUUUGGUUUU